CUCAAUGGAACAAAUCGUUGAUUGUGUGAAUAACGGUGUUAUUUAUUUAUUUUAAACAAUUUAAUUUUUAUUACAUUUACAAAACCCAAACUUGCAUUGUAGCACUUCGUUCUUUAUAUUCAUGGAACGAAUCAAUACUCCACCGGGAGGGGGAUCGAUAGCAUACAGUGCUGCUGUGGAUUCUAUUGGCAAAUAUUGGCAGAUUUCAAGUUUCCCAUUAGUUAUUCGAUGUGAAGCGCGCCCGUCAAUGGACGGACCCUACAACACCAUAGGGAUAUCGUAUACACGCAGGGUUGACAUGAUACCUUAGGAACAGUACAACAAGACUGGGCACAGCACUGAGGACAUGAGGUUGCUACAGAUUCUGUUGAUAGCCCUAGUACACACAAGAGCAGAAUAUUCAUGGACAGAAUAUGAGGAUGGUGCACAUGGUUCGUUGGAAGGUGAUGUUUUGAACUGGGCUGUAUUGAUACAGAAUUAUAUUCUACAGUUAGCCAGUGAUGGCAUAAAGAAGGAUUUUUCACAGGCAUAUCUUGACAGCGCAAAUUACACCUUUGAGAGGAAGGAUGGCAGAGAUAUUGUAGAGCAAGUAAAACAAGAAUUAGGUGACUACUUCAGCAAGAAAAAAAAGGCAGCAGAGAUUCUUGCACAGAAAGUAAAAGAGAUUUAUGAGGACUUCAUAAAACACAAAAAAUUUAAGACAGGAAAGUUAACAGACCUCAAGGCAAAACAGUACAGAGACUCGGAUAUUCCUGAACAACUGGCUGGAAGCCUAAAGUUUGCUCCCUAUUACAAACAGAAUGUGAGUCAGGAGUUCUCUACUAUCAAGAUAGCUGAUGAAGUUCCAAGAGAAGAGGAGAUGACUGUGGACACAGUCAAUUUUACUGCUAAGCUAGAGGACACAUUCAAAGAAAAUGCAGGAAAUGAUGAAUUUCUCAGGUGGCAAUACUUUGGGUCUACAGCAGGUAUCGUGCGCAUUUAUCCAGGACGUGAGUGGUCAACCAACUUUGCAGGGUUUUACAAUGAUUAUGAUCCUAGAGUCCGCCCCUGGUACAUUGCUGCCACAAGUGGACCAAAGGAUGUUGUUAUUGUGUUAGACUGCAGUUUAUCAAUGAAAGGUGAAAAAUUUAGUAUUGCUAAAGGGGUUGCCAAGACAGUCAUUAACACACUGACAAAACAGGAUUAUGUCAAUGUAGUGUGUGCCAGAGCAAGCCAUUGGGAUCAAGUCGGAAAACUUCAUUACUAUGGAACAACUGCACUUAGUUGUCAACAGGAUACCAUGGUACCAGCAACUAUAGCUCACAGAAAAGACCUCAAAGAGAAGAUCCAAAAACUAAAAGCAGGGGGCACAAGUGAACUAGAAAAGGGUCUUGAAAUAGCUUAUGACUUGUUGAAAAGUAAUCCACGUACUGGUUGUCAGUCUGUCAUUGUUUUUGUUACUGAUGGACAAGAUACAGAUGGGGAGAAUAUCAGGUGUGGUCCAGGCUACUAUACAAGAAGUGGGUAUGUUCCUGGACCUAUCUGUAAGUACAACUGGACCAAGGUAUGGAGUGUGGCUGAUGGAAAGAGCAAGUACAGCUUGCCCCAGACCAGGAUAUUCAGUUACUUGAUAAAAGAGGAUGCUGAGGAGUUUCCAGGAAGAUUGGCAUGUAGUCAUAGAGGAAGUCUUGUAAAGCUAAACAAUGGACAGAAUCUCAUCUUCCAGAUGAGGAAUUAUUUUGAUUUUUUGUCAUCCAGUGCCCUCAACACCAAGGCCAUGUGGACAUCUCCUUACCUUGAUGCCUGGGGACUAGGUAUCAUGGUAACUUAUACCAUACCAGUCAUUAGCAAUGGCACCACAAUUGGAGUAGUUGGUGUUGAUGCUACUUUGGAUCAGAUAGAAAAUUUUCUUACAAAACAUCAGUGGGGAAAUGUGUAUUCAUUUCUUAUCAAUAAGGAAGGAGAGACAAUUUAUCAUCCAAAAUUAAAACCCAGCACAAACCUCUUAGAGGAUCCCAUAUUUAUUCCAAUAACACAACUUGAAACAGAUGAGGAGUUCCCUUUGAUACUGAAAGACAUGAGAGAGGGCAAUACAGACAUGAAAGUGAUAGAACAAAAGGAUAAAUCCACUAAAACUUUCUUCUAUGCAGCAAUAGACGAUUCAGAAUAUUCAUUUGCCUACAUACUAACUGAUACAGAUAAGGAAUUUCGGCGCUCUCAGGAACCUGUGGACAGAUCAAGUUACACUACAAGUUACUACAACCUAUUGAAGGAAUACUUGAACCCUGUGGUCAAGGAAGAGUUUCCCCAUGCUUGGGAGGAGCUGGAGAUUCUUGAAAACGAGACCCAGAGAUACCCAGGCCUGACCAUCAGUUACAAGCACUCCACCAUCUUCUUGGCCCCCAAGUCACAUUGUGACCCUAUUCAGUACUUGUAUGAUGACAACCUGGCCAAGAAGACCAUAAAUGCACAUCGCUAUAUGAAUUCAUAUGAGACAGAUGAUGGAUGCGUAGGUGACCAAGUUUAUGACAAAGGAAUAAGGGCUGAUGUUCUUAUUACACAACCUAUAGAGGAGAUCUGGAAAUCUCGAGAAUUUGAGUCGUUGUCACAAGUAAAAUGGACAAACAUUGGACUGAGGAGUGGAGUGUUCAGAACUUAUCCUGGUCACAGAUCAAAGAGAGGAUAUGAUCCAACAAAGCGGCCAUGGUAUAGAAGAACAAGUAGUACCCCAUGGAGAACCUCCAUCUCUACACCUUACAUGGAUGCUGCUGGAGUAGGCAAGAUUGUCACUAUCUCCCAGGCUGUGUUUGAGGGAAUGACACCUCGAACAGAUGAAGAUUGUUUUAAUAUCACACAACCUUUACCAGGGGGCUGUGUUUGUGAAGUAGAUACUGACUGUAUCAGUCGUGUUUGUUAUGUAAGUGAGGCACCAGGUCCAAAUUCUGAUCAGCGUCGCUGUGCGACAGAGCGUGUAGAGGGAGUAACAGGACUAGACAUCCUAUAUGAUGAUUUUCAGAAUAGAACAAUGGAAGCCAUGCAGGCCAGUAAUGGCUUAAAAUCCUGUAACCAGCACUACACAUGUCCAAAUGGAGAGGACAAGUGUCAAACAAGAUGUUACUUGUUUGACAGCAAGGCAUUUCUGGUAAUGGACCCCGACUUUUUAAUAGCUAGUGCAUUAGAUGAAAGUAAAUAUGAACAAGUUCAACUUGGAACCAAAGAAGGUGAGGUUAUGAAAGACCUCAUCUACAAGCAUGAUUUCUUUGUUAGAGUAGAGAGCAUUGAUUUCCAGGGAUCUUGUCGCAUAACACCCGAGGAACCAAAGUUAUCUCUUGAUGGAAUUCCCAAAAAUCCCGGGGAACAGGAUGACUAUAUUAGAAACAAAGGUCCUAUUCCACAGUUUAACAGUGAAUAUGGCUGCAUUCAGGAUGUAAUUCAGUUCAAAACAAAUGACAAGGCAUUAGGACCAAGUGGAAUGAUUACAGGGAAUGUAUCUGGUCCGUGCAUGUCUGGGUUUUACUAUGUCACAUCACUGCCAAAGACCAACCUUUAUUUGCUCAUCAUAGAGAACUGGAACUCAUACCCAGCUUCUCUGUUCUAUAACUUCAACUGUCAAAUUACUCGAAGCAUUGUGAACUCAGGAGCAUAUCGUAUCAUCAACGGCACAUGCAAUCAGGCUUCAAAGUCCAGUAGAACUCUAGCAGAGGAAGGAAAGUGUCCCAAGCUGUCUGACAAAGAUCUUAUGUGUAUCUAUACAACAGCCACACCGCUUACCUCAACUCCUGUCCUAAUACUACUGACACUGUUCUGUACAUAUUUGAUUUAUCUCUGAACAUUUUGUAAAUAUGUAACGCAUUUUGGCAAAAAAAACUUGUACAUCGAAUUUUACAUCGACAAGGGUAUUUGUACUAUGUUUAUAGGUGUGAUUUAACGAAUUACACGUUUACGUUUGUUUGCUUUUAUUAGAACUCCUUCAGUAUUAUUGUAGGCAUGGAUAGUUAUGUACAUUAUUAACAUUUUUGUGAUAGAUUACCAAUUGUAGAAUAUAAACAUGAGUUUAAACCCAGAAUAAAAAGAAUAUGACAUGA